GGCACAGAUAACUGUUAGAGAAGGGCGAAGCUGCGAAGUGAAUCGAGAAGCAAAACUGAAUCCGUGCCCAAGCCAAAUCGCAGAGCAUUAAGUACCGGAAGUGGAAGUAGUGAUCCAUGGAUUCGUCGAAAGCUCGGAGAGGGACAGCGAGCGAAGUGGAGCAGUUGAUGGUUCAGGAUCAGGUGUUUGGAAUCUACGACAUCUUCGCCAAUAUUCACCAACAGGCCAAAACGUUACUGCUUGAAAUUCAGCGUGAUAACCACUCCGAGUUCUUAACAAAAGGUCUCAGGAAACUCUCUCCAUCUUUCUGCGUGUUGGAUGCUAAUCGACCUUGGCUUUGUUACUGGAUCCUGCACUCAAUUGCUUUACUGGGGGAUUCUGUUGACGAUCAACUGGAAAAUAAUGCCGUUGACUUUCUUAACCGUUGUCAGGACUCAAACGGUGGAUAUGGUGGUGGACCUGGACAGAUGCCUCAUCUUGCAACAACUUAUGCUGCUGUCAAUACACUGGUUACUCUGGGUGGUCAAAAAGCCCUAUCGUCAAUUAAUAGGUGGUUGCUCCUUUGGCCUAAUUUACUUGUUAUUAUGCUAACAGUGUUUCUGCAUUUUGGAAGUGAUUUGACAAUAGUGUUUUGGGUUAAUUUCAGAUGUAAAUUAUAUACAUUCUUGCGGCGAAUGAAAGACCCUAGUGGGGCCUUCAGAAUGCAUGAUGCGGGGGAAAUUGACGUCCGUGCUUGCUAUACAGCUGUUUCGGUGGCGAGUCUUCUGAACAUUUUGGAUGAUGAACUGAUUCAGAAUCUUGGAAACUAUAUCUUGAGCUGUCAGACUUAUGAAGGUGGCAUUUCUGGGGAACCUGGUUCUGAAGCCCAUGGUGGUUACACCUUUUGUGGCUUGGCUGCGAUGAUUCUGAUCAAUGAAGUGCAUUGUUUGGACUUGUCCCGUUUAAUUGAUUGGGUGGUAUUUCGACAAGGAGUUGAAGGUGGAUUUCAGGGGAGAACAAAUAAAUUGGUUGAUGGUUGCUAUUCCUUCUGGCAGGGAGGUGUAUUUGCGUUAUUACGAAAGUAUUGUUCAAUUGGCAACAAUCACCUUGUGCCGCAAGAUACUGGAGGAGACUGCUCUACAGAUAGCCCUUACAGUACCACAGGAUCUGAUAUUUCCGAAGGGGAAGAAGGUUUAGAUGGAAUUUCAUCUCAGACUGAUGAUACUAGCCAUUUUAAACACGAAGAUCCGGAGAAUGCUUCCUGUUCUGUGAAUCCUAGCAAUAUUAGUCACAGUUAUACUUAUAUUGAGAAGCAUACAGGGAUAGAACCUCUUUUUCACAGUUUGGCAUUGCAACAGUUCCUACUUCUAUGUUCCCAGGAUCAGGAGGGAGGAUUCAGAGAUAAGCCUGGGAAGCAUAGAGACUAUUAUCACACAUGUUACUGUCUAAGUGGCCUCUCAGUGAGUCAACACAGCUGGAAUGAGAAUGAGCAUUCUCCCCCCUCAGCGAGGGUGGUUAUGGGACCUUAUUCGAAUCUCUUGGAACCCAUCCAUCCUCUCCAUAACGUUGUCAUAUAUCGAUAUCACGAAGCGAAAGAUUUUUUUUCGCAAUGACAUUUAGUCAUUUCAAAGUAGUAGUUGUGGUUGUACAAUGCUUUUUAAGAACAUCCACUCCAUGUCUAUUUAGACCGUAGCACAUGAAAAUGGGGUGUAAAUUCCUGUAAUUUAUGUACUCUUUGUACUAUUCAAUCUAUUAAAUGAGAUUUCUUUGUACUAUUCAA